UGUCAAAAGUUCUGACACAUGUGGCCACGGCUCGACAGAAACAGAAGAUGGACUGAGAUAGUGUAGUGGGAAAUGUAAAAACAUUUGUGGCAUGGAAAAGUUUUAGAACGCGACGAUGGCAAACAUUCGAGUGUAGUUUGUGCAGUUUAUUUUCCAUAAUUUCAGUUCCUUUGUGUGUUGAUUUAUAGCCUCUGUUGUAUGCAGCUGUUGUUCAUUUCGAAGAGGGUUAAAGCCCAUGGUGGGCUACGUUCGCCACUUGCUUCCGGUCGGAUGUCGGAACUGGCUGAACAAUUUCAGAUUUGUACAAUCAAUCUAACUUAAAGCAAGCGCUUUCCAUCGUUUGAUCUGCAUAAAAAGUUACCUUUUGUCUAACCCCUGCGGCAUAGAGGUGACGUUGACCGUGCCGAAAUAUGAUAGCAGAACAAAGAUUGCUUACUGCGUGUGUAUACAAUCUCUGGAAAAGCGACAUCGACGUCCCGGCUGUGCUACGGAUGAAAAUUAGCUUUCCGAUCAACAGCACCAUCUGGCAAACGGUUGUUUGUCCGUAGUUGCCACCGUACCAGCUGUGAAAAAUACCGAUUCAAGCUUUAAAACACACAUAUACAGACACACAAACACACACCGGAGGAGAGGUAUACGACGUAAUCUUAUAAAGGCAAAAUUAACCUAACGCAAAACAAUGGAUGUGGCCAAUCUGUUUGACGACCUCGAGUCCAACAACAUGGAUAGGGUCGACGAGGUGAAGCGCAAGUUUCAGGAGAUGUUUUCUUCCACCAAAGAAUCCUGGCUCGCGUGCAACAUGAUGGAAUAUUUUGCUCAUACGUCAUCGAUACGGAUCGUAGAAAUUCUCGUGAAGGUACAGCAACCCCACGAUAAGCACAUAUUCGAUCGGCUGUCCGAGUGGAUACGCAGCGGUACAUCGAAAACGUUGGCACUUACCCUGUUCGGGCACAUCAUCCAAAAGCGGCCCCUUUGGCUGUACAAGGUGGGAGCCCACCAACUGGUAAAGGACGUGCUGAAGCUAUCCAAGGUGGAGAAAGACAUCACCUCGCUGAUUAAUGCGGUGCUGUGCAUCAUCGAUCUGUUGCCCGUGAUUCCACUGGUGAUGGGCAGCUUCGUGCAGGAUUUGUUUGAUGUGUUUAACUAUCUCGCCACGUGGAACCAGAACGAAUCGCACCUACCCGAGUAUCAGCUGAUACAUCUGCAGUUUGGGCUGUACGAGCUGUUCACUCGGCUGUACGGCAUGUAUCCGUGCAAUUUUGUGGCCUUCCUCAAGCAUGAAUAUUCAUCGGCCGGACGUCAGGCUGUGUUUCAGCACACGAUCAAGCCGUUGCUCGAUACGGUUAAGAUACAUCCACGGCUGGUGCUUUCCGACCGGGAAAGUGAGACCAGUCAGCAGCGAUGGAAAAACAUGGAACCGCAUGAUGUUGUGAACGAGUGCGCCCGCAUGUCGCUCGAGUAUCCGGAACCGCAGGAAAGCUCCCAGGCGCAGCUGCUCGCAGUGAAUGGGGCCGGUGGUAACGAGUGUCCGUGUUACAUGACACCGAUUAAACCGUACGAGUAUACUGCCGGUGGUGGCACCGAUUCGUUCGAAUUGCCACUGAAAGCAAACGUGAACUACUUCAACACGCUUUCGCUCGACCAACAGCUGUGUACGAUCACAGCCCAAAAUUCGUUCUGGUCUCCCAAUAGCACGCUUAUGCAGCCAACGCCUCCACCCACAACGGGAACGGUACCGCACACGCCAAUUCCUACCCCGAGCUAUACGAUUCCCACUGUACCAGCACCACAACCACCGGCCGCGGACGGUGCAUCGCCCCCGGAAGCGGCGGUCGAGGCAACGCCUGAAACUACACCCAUGAAGGAUAUCAAACCAGCUGCUAGGCCGUACCCUACAUCAGUCAAACCACAGACAGCCCGCGCCAUCUGGACGCCAUCGCAACCGGCAUCUCCGAUAAAGAAGGAUGCAGGGCAGUCACACUUUAGCUACGAGUAUCCGCUAGCGGUGGUGACAUCGAAAAAGUUGCUUCAAGUAGUAAGCGAUCGCAACCAGUCGCUGCUGCAACUGUCUGACACGGGUACUACCACCACGACGACCACAAUGACAACGGUAGCAUCUGCAACGUCGACCACGAGCAAUAGCGUACCGUCCAGUCCGCUUCCUAUCGAUCAGCAGUCGGUCCCACUGUCAGCAACGGUAGUGCCAGCAUCGGCCGCUUCCCGCAAUGAGUCGCCCAUGGUGCAGAUCCAACCGGUUCAAUUACGCCCGAGCGAUCUUAGCCAGGAAGAUCAGGAGGUGAACGAUAUCAACAGUCCCCACAUGCAUCAUUCGCAAUCGCUGCCGGUUGGUACGGCCGUUCCGAUACGGGAUCUGUGUGCGGACGAAGACCAAGACCAAGGCGAAGGUUCGCCGUGUUCAGCUGGUGGGCUGCACUUUAAAAAUUCGCAAUCGGUCAUCAACUACACGCGUCGCCGACUGCACAGUCAUUGUUUGGUAGAUUCGAACGAUCCGUACUAUAGUACCGGUACGUCACCAGCGGACACGAGCGGAAACUUUAUCCGCAAUGGCGCCACCAUGGCGACGCAGCUCACCACGAUUGGGUCGCGUGGUGGUAUCGGUGCUAACCAGCAGCUCCAGAUUCCGGAACCGAUGGUUGUGUAUAAUCGUCAUCCGACCGGUGGACAGGAACAGCACCAUCACUACUACCACCAGUGCCACCAUCACAUACAUCUGCAUCAUCAGCAGCAUCAGCACCACCAUCAUCAUCUUGCCGGUCCGGGCGGAUCGCUGUUUGCGGCACAUCAGCGCCGCCAUUCAUUGCCAGAUCUGAAACAUUUUGCCCUCAAGGUGAAUCCGAAACUGUUGCUCGAUUCGGUUUCGAUCGUGAAACAGCGCCAUCUCGGCCAGCAGAUGCACCGAACGGGUGAAACGACCAACGGUGGAGGGAACAGUGCGUCGUCCUCGGAGGGAGUUGGUAGCAACGCGGACAGUAGCCCAUCGGAGGAAGAAGCUAUAUCGGCAGCUACGCAUUUCCAUAGCAGGCAGGAACAACGAUCGAGCGAGCAGCUCGCACGCAAUCAGGAGCUGUUCCGUCAGUUGCGCAACAAUUUAACAACCGUGGCCACUCCAAGCAGCCACUUUCAGCACCAGCGUGUGCAUCAUCAUCAUCAUCAACAUCCUCAUCAGCAACAGCACCAGCAGUUGGGUGAUUCGUUUGCUCUCGCGCGAUCGCGGAUCGAUCGUCAGGCGGGCGUUGACGCAGUAAUGACUCCGGUUCCACCACAUGCGACCAUUUCGACAGCAACGCAAACGAUCAUCAGCUGGCCGCAGCCUUACGAGCAGAUAUUCUACGGAAUUCUGCAGGAAGAAUUGCGCUUUAAGAACAGCAUUUCACAGCUGCAGCACGAUCAGCAGAUUCAGAAAGCGGCAGCAAACGGUGGCCGUUUGGAUCCGUACGCACUUCUCGAUCAGUACAUCGAAACGUGCGCCAAGACACGGGCCACCAUGGCCGAAAAUGGCAAUCGAACGAGCCUGCCGGAAUCUUACUAUCAGGACCACAUCCGGUUGUUGCAUUUGCAACUGCAGUACGAACGUCACCGGCGAGAGAUACAUGCCGAACGAAACCGUCGCCUGCUCGGCAAAAGCCGUAAGAUCCGUGCGCUCGAGCAAAACAAUGAAGCGCUCAAGGAUCAGGUAGCGCGGUUGACGCGAGAGAUCGCUUCAUUAAACGCGGAGCUUAGUACGGUGCGCCGUAAAACGAAUGCCGAGCUGACGGAAGUGUCGCGAGAAUGUGUGCGUUGGAAGGAAUCGCUGUACCAGGAACAGGAACGUUGCAAGGAACUACAGCUCAAGAUUGAAGCACUACAGGUGGUGAUCAAGGACGAGUCCGCCCAACGGCGCGAGGUUAAUUUGCAGCUGGAGAACGCUCAGGGUGAACUGUUUGAUUUGCGUAACGAACUGCGGAAGGCUAUGGGGAAGGCGGACCUUGGUCAGCAGUACCGCGAAGAGCUAACGCGUCUACAGUCCGAGUUAAUAAUGAUGGGCGAGGUGCAGUUGCGUUUCAAGGAGAAACUGGUCGAGCUGGAGCGGUUGCGAGCUCGCGAAGCCGAAAUAGCGCUCAUGAAGGCAAACUACCACGAAGAAUGGAAAGACUUGAAAUUUGCGCUUCAACAAAAGUCAGCCCAACUCGAUACGGCCAAGGAGCGUCAAGCUGAGUUGGAGCAACAGCUCAUUAAGCGCGAGGAAACAAUCACGCUACAGAAGCGGACGCUUAAAACGGUGAAGGAAGAGUACCAGGAAAAGUUUAAGGCACUGGAAAACAAGUACGAAGCACAAAAGGCAAUCGUAAUUCGGAUGGAGGACACAAUCGAGGAGCUGCGUGUGAACAGUUGCGUCGCAAAAUCUCCCGAUUCCGACCGUACUGACGCUGUCGGUUCGCUUGAUCAUACGUCACCGCUAUCGAUUUCGUUAGCGUCCAGCGAAGGUCUUUCGGAGAUUCGUAAUCUGUCGGCGCUUGUUGCGCAAAAUUCUGCCGGUCUCGGAGCACAACUCUCCGGUGGAAGCAGCACGUUGGUUGGUAUGGGCAACAACAGUAGCGGCGGCAUGAUUGGUACAGCCGAGCUCGAUUCAAAUUUGCCAACGCCGACAUCGGCCGGCCAGUAUCCGCAUGGUCCGGGUGGUGCUUUAUCCGAUCCAUAACACCAUUCUUCUGAUGAACGUACCCGGCCAAUGCUAUUGCCCGGGCGGCACGUGCUGAACGUACGAUACAUAUAUGGAUACGAGCUGCGAAAGGAUAUUAGCGGGAAGGAAGAAAAUGUGUGCCCACCAUCUGUGCCCGCAAUGUUAUCACUUGUUACUGCCUUUCGUUUUAUUUGUUAUUGUUUCACGAAAUGAUUCAAUUCACUGUUGAUUUUCUUUUUUUGCUAUGCUUAUUUGCUUUCGGUGAUUUCAAAUGAUUGUAAAAAAAGGGUUCACGAUUCGAAUUCAUUCGGAAUCCGUUGUUUUGCCAUACGUCUUAACCUUUGCUUUUCUUUCCUACCUUAAGUUCUUUGUGAUAAUCCCGUUCCGUGUUUCUUCUAAAACGGAAACCAAUUUAAGGUGGAAUUGAAGAUAAAUGUUUGUUUAACAUGCUAUAGAAACUGCAGCUAAAUGACAGGCUUUACGGUAGCCUAUCUGCGAACACCCAUUCGCCGCAUAAUACGCCAAAGUAAAGCAAACUAUGUAAUGUGUUAAUGUCGGAUGAAGGUGGCGUAACACGGAGAUCAAAGAGUGAACAUCUAUAAAUAAUUAUAAAUAUGUAUAAAUACGAAAAGCAUCAUGAUGGCAAACAACACACAUCUUUGGCAAUUACAUGGCAUUAAAAGCAGAACACAAUGCGCACAUACACAAACGCUGCUGUGUUUAUGCAUAAGUCAGGAAAUUCCUACUUGAGACUGGACUGUAAUUUGAAUUCUCGAACACCGAAAACCCGUUGUUAGGUACGUACAUAAAAAUGAAAAUCGAAAACUAAAUCGUUGCAAGCUCACACACCUAUUGAAGUUGUAGUGAAACACUUUAGCAAAGAGAAAUUGUGUGUCACGAGCGAUGCGACGAUAACGCGAUGAUAAUAAAAGCAACAAAUUAUCUAAUGAAACAA